AUGGGGCUUAGAAAUCUUGGUCCACUUGCUUUGCCACCAUGCCUUAAAAUUGUAACACAGGUUCUGGGAACACCUACCAGAGAGGAGAUUAAAUGCAUGAAUCCAAACUACACCGAGUUCAAGUUUCCGCAGAUAAAGCCCCAUCCUUGGCACAAGGUAUUCCAAAAGCGUCUGCCGGCAGAAGCAGUUGACCUGAUUUGUCGUUUUUUUCAGUACUCGCCAAAUCUUAGAUGCACUGCUUUGGAAGCUUGUGUUCACCCUUUCUUUGAUGAACUGAGGGACCCAAACACCCGUCUUCCUAAUGGUCGCCCUCUUCCUCCACUCUUUAAUUUUAAACCUCCAGGUAAAUUUAACUCGAUAAUAUGCAAUUUAUGGCAUAGUAUCGAUAUGGUUGCCUGAUUUGCCAUCACUUCAAUGAUUAUUAUGGGCCUUCA